GGUUAACCGAAGAAGCGAUUGAUUGAACCGGGAACUGAGAGUAACAAAACCGGUUUGAGCUUUAUAUAGAUGGACUGGUUCGCUUGUGACUCGGUACUCUCUCCGUCCGUUUGCUUCUUCUUCUUCUAGAUCUGAUCGCGAUUUUCGCCGGAAGAAGUGUGUAUCUAUUAUGGGUCGUGGAAACAGCUGUGGUGGAGGUCAGAGCUCACUCAAUUAUCUCUUUGGUGGUAGUGGUGGUGAUGCUCCUCCUCCUAAGCCCGCUCCAGCUCCUUCUACUGAGCCAAGCAACGCCACUGCUGCACCUGCACAAGCACCUGCACCUGUGACUGCCACCGCACUCACCACCGCUACUACCAGCGUGGAGCCUGCAGAGCUCAACAAGCAGAUUCCUGCUGGUAUCAAAACUCCCGUUAACAACUACGCCCGAGCUGAAGGACAGAACACCGGAAACUUCAUCACUGACCGUCCUUCGACUAAAGUCCAUGCAGCUCCUGGAGGUGGAUCAUCCUUGGAUUAUCUCUUCACUGGUGGCAAGUAAAGUAUCGGACAAAAGAAAAAACAUUAUGUGUAAUGCAAAUGCGUAUCCAUUCUCUCCUUGUUGCAUUCGCACACUACUAAACUGUUUGUUGUGAGAGUCCUUUAAUGAUAAGAAGUCGGUUUCUUGUCAA